AGACGACAUCCGCGUAUGAUUCACGAAUUUGCGCAGUCAGCUGACAGCUUGACGAAAUUAGCGUGGACAAAACAUCGAAAACGCCUUGUUGUUUUUUUUUUAUGUCUGAAAUUUAUGUAAAGUGCUUGUUCCGUGACGAACACGCUCACUUGGAUUAACCCAACCCUCCGCGGAUUGAAAGAUAAAGAAGGCUAACAAUUUAACAUGGCGCUGAGUUAUCACUUGUUGUUUAAAGUCCUCCUCGUCGGCGAUCCCGACGUCGGCAGAUGCGCCAUCUUCCAUCCACCGGCAGGUAACGCCUCGGUUUUGUCGGCUAUGGGAGUGAAUUUUCUCAAAAGGCAACUAGAAAUCGAUGGAAAACGAAUAAAAUUGCAGAUAUGGAAUAUUACAGGACAGGAAAGUACCCAGGCUGUCACUCCCAGCUACUAUCACGGUACUCAAGGGUUCAUCGUUGCUUUUGACGUCACCGAUAAGAGUUCCUAUGACAGAAUCCUGGACUGGCUUCUUAUUAUUGAACAACACGCCAGCAAGCGAGGCUCUCAAAAGAUGUUGGUUGCUAACAAGUGCCAUUGUAAGGAGAGAAACCGCGUUAUUACAGAAAAAGAGGGCGAAGCUCUCGCCAGAGAAUUUGGUAUGAGAUAUGUGGAAAUCAACGAUCUGCAAGGCUCAGAUAUAGAUGAGGUUCUAAAGCAGUUAAUUCAAGACAUCCUGAAUAACAAUGGCGCUCCAGGAAAAGUUGAAGAUGGCCACAAAACGAACAUUUGUGAGUUGGACACGGAAUAUAACGGCACCAGAACUGGAGGAGAAAAGGAAUCACUUCUCGGUUAGAGAUUAUAAUCUCUUGCUUCUAGGUUAACAAGUCUUCCGCGAAUAGGACAUUUUAAAAAAGAUGUGGAAGUAUUUCGCCUUAGAAAAUCUUCGAAAUUCUUCCAUCAGAUUUCGCGGGCAAAGCUUUUGUACGAAAACGAGAUUUAAUACAAGAUUUUUCGAGAAGAUACGUUUGCUAGCUAGGAAUUUGCAUAUCCUAUAACUUCAAGGUAGCCUCUUCUCGCAAUUUAUCCACCCUCCCUUCUAUUUCAAACAGUCAAUCAAGGGCGAGAUAGUUGUAGCUGCGCGUAUAAACGUGCGAGCGUGUAGACACGCGAGGAAGGCGUCUCCUCGCUCGCCUUAGUACAUCUAGCUAGUUCGUCAGAAAGAGUGCUGGCGCUUGGCGACCCGCGGGAGCAUGAGAGAGACUGAAAAAUCUAUACGAGUUCUAAAAUUUUUAAGUGAAUUAAUAUAUGAAAAAUAACCUCGAUGAGGGGUACAUAGGCAUUCACAGUAUCUACCAAGGUUGGAAUUUAGAAACUAACCACAUUUUUUCCCAACGAUCGUCUUAGACAUUUUUAAUGUGACUUGGUCCAUGUUGUAAUUAAAAUAAACUCAAGAGAAUAGAAUACGCCAAUUUGGUAGGA